CGUGACUGAAGUCGGGUCGACUUUUCGAAACCUUGCCUCCCACGUGCCUUGGCAAGUCUGUCUGUGCAUCGAAGGUCAAGCACCUCUCUGAUGGGCCCACGAUCGGACCGCCGACGGGAGAUGGGACCAGUUCCCAGCCCGCUGAGGCACGGAUCGAGAAGAUACGCUAUGAUGCAAAUGCCCCUGUGAAGGGAAAGGGAGAUCUUUGAGUCCGUCAUCCCUGUUCAAAUGCUUCGAUUUUUCGGGUGGCGCGGAAUUAUACGCAACCGCCUUCUUCAAGUCGCGUCGCGUCCAAAUCUCCUUUAACGACGUUGGCGACACGAUCAUGGCCCGUGCAGCUGCGAAAACAAAGCCCAAACCCCCAACCACGCAUAGCGAAGCAUUUGGCUGAAGUGCUUCUCUCAUGCUCGGCAACGUGGACUAAAGACAGGCGUUCCAGACCUUUUCCGAGAUGAAAGAUGCUCGUGCACUGCAGGUGACAUCUUCUUCAGCUCUUUUUACGGUACAGCUUACCAGCCUGAGAAGUCGAAGAUCUGUCCAUCGUAUACAGAAAAAAGUGUCAAGGGGUGCAAAUUGCUAUAAAACCUCCCACCGUCCGCCGAUUGACGAUGCAUUCCUCCUCAACUCAAGAUACCAUUUCAGAGAGCCUUGUCAGCCUCCGUCACCAUGGCCAUAACCGCCAACCUGAAAAUGAGGACUUUGCUCCUUGUAGGCCUCGUAUCCCUUCCUUUGCAAGUCGCUGCCGCCGGAUGCUCAUCACUAUACGGACAAUGUGGAGGCAUAGGUUGGACCGGCUCGAAGUGUUGUGCCACUGGGUCAAGCUGCCAGGUACAAAACGAUUAUUAUUCCCAAUGCCUGCCAUACACGGGCAAUGCUGCAUGCGCUGCAACAUACGGCCAAUGUGGUGGAAUUGGGUGGACAGGUCCAACGUGUUGUCAGUCAGACUGGGCUUGCCAGUACAACAACGACUAUUACUAUCAGUGUUUGCCUCCACCUGACGUUGCAACCCCGAGCUCUAGCUCUACACCCACAACGGCACCAAGUUCUUGCGCAACUCAAUGGGGCCAAUGUGGAGGGACAGGUUGGACAGGCGCACGUUGCUGUCAAGAUGACUGGCCUUGUGUCUAUGGCAAUGAAUACUACUGGCAGUGUAUAUCUCCAUCGAGUGCGAGUGCGCUGUCUGCUCAAUCUGCCAGCAAAACCUCCCCAGCUGCAUCCACCCUCUCCACUGCUACAAGUCCAUCUGCGACAACAGUAUCUGUUCCCAAUGCUUCUUCAAGUGUCACUUCUAGCGCCACUUCCCCAGCUACAUCCACCCUCUCCACCGCUACGAGCCCAUCUGCGACAACAGUGUCUGUCCCCAAUGCUUCUUCAAGUGUCACUUCUAGCACCACUUCCCCAGCCUCAUCCUCGGCAUCAAGCACUGCGUCACGUACCAGCUCGGCGAGCUCUGUUCCAACUGGAGGCCGAUUGCAAUACGGCGGGGUAAAUAUUGCAGGAUUCGAAUUUGGAACCUACGAUACUUGUGGCGUCCACACGAACCCACCCUAUGUGAAUCCCACAAACUGGGUGGCACAGAUCAGUCAUUUUGUGAACGAUGACAAGCUCAACGCUUUUAGACUCCCGGUCGCCUGGCAGUAUCUGAUCAAUCAAUACGAUGGAGGCGACAUUGCAUCCAACACCAUCAACACGGGCAAUUUCGCGCAGUACGAUCAAUUGGUCUCAGGCUGUCUCAACUCCGGGGCCGCGCUCUGUCUCAUUGACUUGCACAACUACGCCCGGUUCAAUGGCAAGAUCAUUGGGCAGGACGGCCCAACUGCUGCACAAUUUGCCAAUCUCUGGGGCCAGAUUGCUACGAAAUAUGCGGGUCAAAGCCGCGUGGCAUUCAAUCUGAUGAAUGAGCCACAUGACGAGAGCUGCAACUCUCCCAACGGAGGCGUGAUUGAUAUCCAGACAUGGGCUGCAACUCUUCAACUGGCGGUCAAUGCCAUUCGUGCAGCAGGAGCAACGUCACAAUUGAUCAUUCUACCCGGGAAAGGCUGGACUCAUGCAGCUACAUAUCUUCCGUCAAGCAGCGAUGGUUCUGGCCCAGCUUUGAUGGGUAUCACCGACCCUGUAGGCGGCACUUCAAAGCUGAUUUUCGAGGUUCACGAGUACUUGGACUCCAACGAUUCGGGAUGCAAUUGUGACUGUGUCACGAACAAUAUUGGCACGGCAUACGGGCGAGGCGGCUUUUCUGCUCUUGCGGACUAUCUACGAUCCAAUGGCCGGUUUGCCUUGUUGACUGAAACUGGCGGGUUGAACAACAACAACUGCGCAACCUAUUUGUGCCAGGAAUUGAGCUUCCUCGCAAACAACACCGAUGUUUUCUUGGGCUAUACCACCUGGUCGGCCGGUGGGUUCGAUUCCAGUUAUGAAUUGACGGAAACACCGACGCAGAAUGGAAAUACUUGGACUGAUACAUCGCUCGUCACGAGCUGUGUUGUUAAGUGCUUUCAAGGACAGUGUUAAAUGCAUCCAAUUGCGGGAGUGGGAGGCAAAGGUCUAUGGAUGAGAGAGAGAGAAUAAAUCAUAUAGAACUGGGAUGAAGAGCAGAUGACGAGGACAUUUAGACAUGUAUUUUCAACCAUAAUGAUGAAU